AUAAAAGCGCUCAUGGAUACAUAGAAGCUCAUCCUUCGAGCACAAAAACAGCGUCAGAACCCCCGUUAGCUCCCUCUGUUUCUGAAGAAGAGGAUGAAGACGAUGAAGAAGAAGAAGAUGACAAUGAACCUCCACCGGUUAUCGCACCACGGCCUGAACAUACAAAAUCAAUCUACACACGCUCUGUAAUUGAACCUGCCGCUGCACCAGCACCAGCUAAGGAAGCCACCACUCCCCAACCUGAAAACUCAAACACAAACACUUUGUACAGAAACACAGACCGGCAGCGAAAAAAAUCCAAGAUGACAGAUGAGGAGAUCCUAGAGAAACUGAGGAGCAUUGUGAGCGUGGGAGAUCCUAAGAAGAAAUAUACUCGGUUUGAAAAAAUUGGCCAAGGGGCAUCAGGAACUGUUUAUACAGCAAUUGACAUCGCCACAGGACAAGAGGUCGCCAUAAAGCAAAUGAAUCUCCAACAACAGCCGAAAAAGGAACUAAUUAUUAAUGAAAUCCUAGUCAUGAGGGAAAAUAAGAACCCCAAUAUUGUUAACUACUUAGACAGCUACCUAGUCGGUGAUGAACUCUGGGUGGUUAUGGAAUACUUGGCUGGAGGCUCUUUAACGGAUGUUGUUACAGAGACAUGUAUGGAUGAAGGACAGAUAGCAGCUGUCUGUAGGGAGUGCCUGCAAGCACUGGAUUUCCUUCAUUCAAACCAAGUGAUUCACAGAGACAUCAAAAGCGACAAUAUUCUUCUCGGAAUGGACGGAUCUGUCAAAUUGACUGAUUUUGGCUUCUGUGCUCAGAUCACCCCUGAGCAGAGUAAACGGAGCACAAUGGUUGGGACUCCUUACUGGAUGGCACCAGAAGUGGUGACGAGAAAAGCAUACGGCCCCAAAGUGGACAUCUGGUCACUUGGGAUCAUGGCAAUAGAAAUGGUGGAAGGAGAACCUCCUUACCUUAAUGAAAAUCCUCUCAGGGCGCUGUAUCUGAUAGCUACGAACGGGACACCAGAGCUGCAGAACCCCGAGCGACUGUCUGCCGUGUUUCGCGACUUUCUGAACUGCUGCCUGGAGAUGGACGUGGACAGGCGAGGGUCUGCCAAGGAACUUCUCCAGCAUCCGUUUUUAAAAUUAGCCAAGCCUCUCUCCAGCCUGACUCCUCUGAUCAUUGCGGCAAAGGAAGCGAUUAAGAACAGCAGCCGCUAGUGCUUCAGGCCGGCUUUCUCCCCUGCCAGCUCAGAGCAGGACUGAGAAUAAAAACUUUAUAAAACCUCAACUCUUGUGCUGCAGGACAGAUGGAUGGAUGAACAAACCAACGGUCACAGUCAUGGUGGUAGGAGGGAGAACAACCCAGUCCCUCAAGGAGUAGAAAAUUA